AUGGAGCAGUGUGCGAGUACGGCCUCCCUGCUGGCCUCUGUGCGGGAGCAGGAGAGGCAGUUUGAGAUGCUGAGCCGAGCUCUGGAGGAGGAGCGGAGGUCGUGCGCCGGCACUUUGCCCCGCCCUCUUCCCAACAUGCAGAACGGCCGUCUUCCUUGUGAUGCGGACAUAGAGAGGCUGACACUUAACGAGGGUUACGUCAACGGGACACAUCAUUUCAGGAUGGAGCCUGGUCAGGUGGUGCAAGAGACCUACACGGUGGAAGAGCCCCAGGAAUCCAACCCAAUGGUUUCUGUGGAGACCAACGAUGAUGGCACAACAAAACGCACAGAAACAACGGUAAAAAAAGUGGUUAAAACCACCACGACGCGCACAGUUAUUCCCUCAGUAUCCGACACACUUUCCUUGGAUGGUGGGGGCUCAGUGACUGGUAUGGGAGCGUACAUCCCACCCGUGGACCGGGGGUACAGGCAGGCACCUGGAGUAGGUGUACCCAUGGAAUACCCUACCAAAACUGUGCCUCGUAACUACCAAUAUGGACCUCCGGCUGGUUAUGACGAUUACCGUGUUGGUCCUCCGUCAGAAACAUAUGCAAGCCUCAACAGGGGUGCUCGCAUGGACGAUCGCUAUAGACCAGUCCAUCCAGAUGGUUAUCGAACUCUGGAUCCAAGCUACAGAGCACCCAGUAGAGGACAGCUAGACCCUUAUGCUGCUCAACCACAGGUUGGACGAAUGGGAAGUGCAGUGGAGUUAUCCUCAAUCCCAAGGUUCGUCCCAGAUCCGUAUGGACUGGAGGAUGAUCGGCGAAGCAUGGGCUAUGAUGAGCCUGACUAUGGAAUGGGACAUCCAAUGCACUACAGCACUGUGCCCCGCAACCACCAUGGUUUUCCCCAAGGCCCACCACGCAGGACUGGGAGUUACGAUGGCACUCUAGAUGGUGAUAUGAGUGGUCCAGGAGAUAUGUACUAUUGGGGAGGAGGUCCCCCUAUGGCACAUGGUGAAAGAGGAAGUAUGGCAUCUUUGGACAGCACUCUAAGGAAAGGCCCAGGCCCAGGUGGCUGGCGUCAACCAGAGUUGCCAGAGGUUGUUGCCAUGCUCAACUACCGGCUGGAUCCAGUCAGAAGCAAUGCUGCUGCAUACUUACAGCAUCUCACUUAUAAGAAUGACAAAGUAAAGUCAGAGGUUCGACGUCUUAAAGGCAUUCCAGCGUUGGUAUCGAUGCUUGACAACCCAAACAAAGAGGUUCACUACGCAGCUUGUGGAGCAUUGAAGAACAUUUCAUAUGGCAAAGAUCCAGACAACAAAAUAGCCAUCAAGAACUGUGAUGGAGUGCCUGCCUUAAUUAGGCUUCUGAGGAAGACCCAUGACCAGGACCUUACUGACUUAAUCACAGGGACACUCUGGAACCUGUCAUCUCACGACUCUGUAAAGAUGGAGAUUGUGGACCACGCGUUACAUGCCCUUUCCGAUGAAGUGAUGGUACCUCGCUCGGGCUGGGGGCGUGGGAGCAAUGGUGGUGGAGGGGAGGAAAACUGUAAGCCUCGACACCUGGAGUGGGAGACAGCUCUCACGAACACAGCGGGUUGCCUGAGAAAUGUGAGUUCAGAGAGAAGUGAAGCAAGGCGGAAGCUGAGAGAGUGCACAGGAUUGGUGGAUUCGCUCAUGUACAUCGUUCAGUCCCAGAUUGAUUGUAAAGAUGUUGACAAUAAGCUUAUAGAGAACAGUGUGUGUCUGCUGAGGAACCUAUCCUAUCAUGUGCAUCGUGAAAUCCCUGGGUGUGAGCGGUACCAAGAAGCUGCACCUGUCAACCAGGGCCCAGCCUCGUCUAGCCAGAAGGGUGGCUGUUUCAGCUCGCGCAAGAGUAAAGAUGAGUGGUUUUCCAGAGGAAAAAAAGAUGAGGACGAUGCAGCUGCAGACACAAUAGACAUUCCAAAGAGGACCACGCCUGCUAAAGGCUAUGAGCUGUUGUUCCAACCAGAGGUGGUCCGCAUCUAUACCUCUCUGCUCAAGGAGUCGAAGAACCCCACCGUGUUGGAGGCCUCAGCAGGAGCUGUUCAGAAUUUGUGUGCUGGACGUUGGACGUAUGGCCGUUACAUCCGUGCCGUGCUACGUCAAGAGAAGGGUCUGCCCAUGAUGACUGAACUACUGGCCCACGGCAAUGACAGAGUGGUUCGAGCGAUGUCGGGAGCACUUCGCAACCUUGCCAUUGAUGCCCGUAACAGAGAUCUAUUGGGUAAACACGCAGUGCCUCACCUAGUAGCCAACCUUCCCGGUGGUGGUCAGAGUCAGCCCGUGCGAGCGCUGUCAGAAGCAACAGUAGUGUCAGUGUUGAGCACACUCCAAGAGGUGUUGGGCUCUAGCUUGGAAGCUGCAAAGACUCUCAGAGCCUCACAAGGAAUUGAGAGGCUGGUCCUCAUUAACAAAGAUGGUAAUCGUUCAGAGAGGGAAGUGCGUGGGGCUGGGCUCGUAUUGCAGACUGUAUGGGGCUACAAGGAGCUGCGCCGCACUUUGGAAAAGGAUGGAUGGAAAAAGACAGAUUUCAUGGUCAACCUAAACCCUCCCAGCAACAACACUAGGACCAAUGGAGGAUAUGAGGACAGCACGCUGCCGCUUAUAGACAGAGGUGGUAAAGGUGAACGUGAAAUGAUUCCAAUGAAUGACAUGGGCCCAGAUGCCUACUCCACACUGGACCAGCAAGGGAGAAGGAACACUUUGGAUAACACACUCGAACCUGAUGAUAAAAAUGCAGUACAGGGAGUGAGUUUUGGGGAGAGGCAGGCUUCCUUGCCUCUAAUGGAUUCUUAUGAUGAAAAACUGAUUGUGUGCAUCACAAAACAACAUCUUCCCACCCGCUGCCCCUGUUAA